AGUGGGGUUUUAACUCGACUUGGUGAACGUUGUACUGGUAACAGUGAGGAACAGUCUCAGUCUGUACUUGGAGGAACUUGAAAACAAAAGUGUUGAGCUCCUCCCCUUAAUGGAAAAAAAAAAAGCAAGUCUCAAAUUCCCCCCACUUCCUCUUUCCACCCACAACAUUCCCUUCCCGUUAUCAUUCACACUGCUCCUCUGCAUGAAAAGCUCAAACAAGUGUGUGCAAUGGAGGGAACUGAGUCAACAGCUAGAGAGAGAACAACAGGAAAGGAUGGAAAUCAGACGACAGACCAGAAGCUGCUGAAUACCAGCAAACCUCUGCAUCGCUUCGUCCAAAGAGAGCCCAAAAGUCUUGGGAUUGUCCUCCUGAUGUUUGGCUGUGCAGAGGUCCUGAUGGGAUUCGUGCUGGCCCAAGGCUCAGAUCAAAUUCGUACUUCUAUUGCGAUCUACAUUCCCUUCUGGCAGGGAGCUCUGUUUCUUACCUGUGGAAUCCUGUCGAUCUACACGGAGAUACAUCCAUCCAAGAAGUUGGCGACUGUGUGUUUGGCGAUGUAUGUGGUUUCACUUUUGGGAAUCAUAGUCUCCGUUGGCUACAGGAUUUCCCUCUUCACAAUGUAUGGCCACCGUUGGUACAUGUACCAUUAUUAUGGGUAUGACGAAUGGACCUUUUACACAAGGAACCAGAUUUUUGCUAUUGAAGGCCUAUUGUUGACUUCCUCUCUGUGUGUGUUGGGGCUUCUCAUCUUCUUGGCUACCGUUGCACGUUUAGCUCUGAAAUCCACACACACUCAGGUUAUUAUUCAGCACAUCCCGCCACCACCGAGGGACGUAACACCAAACUAAUCUCAACCUUUUGAAGUAUUAUCCUACAAUAACUAACGCUGGUCUUAUUCCUGCAGCAUAACUAUCCUGUGAAAGAAAACGUGUGGUCAUUCUGUACAGUAUAUCAAAUGUGGAUGUUAUUACACCACCAAGACCAGGGGUCAGCAACCUUUACUGUCAAAAGAGCCAUUUUUGGCAACAAAAAAAAAAAAAGUCUGUCUGGAGCCGCAAAACAUUUGAUCAUU